UCUGGAACGAAGGUUUCCCAUUUGGGAAGAUGGAAACUGCCAGCAGUCCAGCAAAAGAAAACUACAGAAUGAAUCGUUACAAGAACAAAGCAUUAAAUCCUGAAGAGAUGCGUAGGAGAAGAGAGGAAGAAGGGAUUCAGCUAAGGAAGCAAAAACGAGAACAACAGCUGUUUAAAAGGAGAAAUGUGGAAAUUAUUAAUGAAGAAUCUGCCACAUUUGAAAGUCCUCUCAUGGAUUCAUUUGUCAGCUCUUCGGCAGCAGGGGAGGGGAUGAUCACAAGGGAAAUGGUACAGAUGCUUUUCUCUGAUGAUGUUGAACAGCAGCUAGUGACCACUCAAAAGUUUCGUAAAUUGCUUUCUAAAGAGCCAAAUCCCCCCAUUGAUGAAGUAAUCAACUCAUCUGGUGUUGUGGAAAGAUUUGUAGAAUUUUUGAAAAGAAAUGACAAUUACACACUACAGUUUGAAGCAGCGUGGGCUUUGACAAAUAUAGCUUCAGGUACAUCUCUCCAGACAAAAGUGGUCAUAGAGGCUGGUGCUGUUCCUAUUUUUAUCGAGCUACUAAACUCUGAGUAUGAAGAUGUUCAAGAACAGGCAGUGUGGGCUUUGGGAAACAUUGCGGGUGAUAGUGCAGUAUGCAGGGACUUUGUACUUCACUGCGGCACCCUUUCGCCUUUGUUACAAUUAUUGAUCAAAUCUAACAGACUCACAAUGACAAGAAAUGCUGUCUGGGCACUGUCUAAUUUGUGCAGAGGGAAAAAUCCACCACCUGAUUUUGAGAAGGUUUCGCCAUGUUUAGCUGUACUAGCCAGAUUACUGUUCAGCAGUGACCCUGACUUGCUUGCUGAUGCUUGUUGGGCAUUAUCGUACUUGUCAGAUGGACCCAAUGAGAAAAUUCAGGCUGUUAUUGACUCUGGGAUUUGCAGACGAUUGGUGGAACUCUUAAUGCAUAAUGAUAACAAAGUUGCCUCACCAGCAUUAAGAGCUGUAGGUAACAUAGUAACAGGUGAUGAUAUCCAGACACAGGUCAUAUUAAAUUGUUCAGCUUUGCCAUGUCUGCUACAUUUAUUAAGUAGUCCAAAAGAAUCCAUAAGAAAGGAGGCCUGUUGGACCAUUUCAAACAUUACAGCUGGAAAUCGAGCCCAGAUUCAGGCUGUAAUAGAUGCAAGUAUUUUUCCGGUGCUUAUUGACCUCCUUCAAAAGGCAGAAUUUCGUACGAGGAAAGAAGCAGCAUGGGCCAUAACGAAUGCCACCUCUGGAGGAACACCAGAACAGAUUAAGUACCUUGUAAACUUGGGUUGCAUUAAACCUUUGUGUGAUCUACUGACCGUCAUGGACUCAAAAAUAGUUCAAGUUGCUCUGAAUGGGCUGGAGAAUAUCUUAAGACUUGGAGAGCAGGAAGCAAAACAAAAUGGGACAGGGGUCAAUCCGUAUUGUGGCCUUAUUGAAGAAGCCUAUGGACUGGAUAAAAUAGAAUUUUUGCAGAGUCACGAGAAUCAGGAAAUCUAUCAGAAGGCAUUUGAUCUCAUUGAACAUCACUUUGGUGUGGAAGAAGAAGACAGUAGCAUCACUCCACAAGUGGAUGAAAAUGCACAGCAGUUUCUUUUUCAGCAACAGGAGGUGCCCAUGGAGGGUUUCCAAUUGUAAAGUGUUCGGCAAAGUACUCCUCUGCCCCACUCACCUCCUCGCUUCCCCCACCCUGUCCAAACCACCACCACAUGUUAAGUUGACUUGAGAGAUAAUCAGAAAAAGUGUCUGAAGAGAAAAAUGAAUUAGGAACAAAAUAUUGUAUCCUUUAUUUUGUUUGAGUGGUGGGUGUUGUGGGGUAAUUGUUGCACUUUCUCUUUCUUUAAUUGCUGUUGCAUUAAACAAUUAUUUUCCAGUGUGUGCAACGUACCUCGUGCAUCAGUAAAAUGCAAUCCUCCCAGAAAUAAAACAGGUCAAAAUCCAGUAGAUAUUUGAAUUGGGCUAAAUUAAAUGCUUUUGAGUAAAAGCACCAAACUUCAUUUGAUAUAAUUGUGAAAUUCAUAAGUUUUUGUAGAGUGCUUAUGAAUGAUUACUACCUUAGUUGGGUAAACAUGCCAUUUGAACAAUUAGAUGGUUAAAAAAUGUAAGUGUUUUAAAAAAAUCCUUUGGAUUUUUGCUUGCAAUUUUUUUUGUUUGCUGGGAGUGGCCGGUAAGAGACAGUGAAGAGGGUCUAAAGUGAAUAUCUGCAUAAUAGUGAGCAAGUACAGGCUUGUCCGGAUUCUCAGUGUGGUGAACUUGCAGUUUUAAUGAAAUAAUCAUUUGCUUGGAUGCAGUUAACAUUAAUCAAGGGUGGAGCCAAGAUUCUGACUGGAAAGUUAAGAGCAGUAUAUUUGGAAACCAACAAUGAUUCAGAAUUGGCAUUUUUGAUAUUUUGAGUAGGUUAAAUAUGUAUUUUCCACAGAUAGAGCUAUUUAAGUGUUUAAAAAUAGUUUGUUUGAUUAUGGAUUAAUUUAACAUUCAGAUUUGAUUUGUACAUUUUUUCCUCUGUGGACAAAAAGGGUGUUAUAACUUUUGGUAAUGAUUUGGAAAUGCAAGAUACAUCUUUUGGUGUGAGCUGAUAAUGUAGUUAGGGAUAAACUAGAAAUUGUUUGCUAUGUUUAUGAGGAUUGAAGUAUCUGACCUUGCCAGCUGGAACAGCUGUUUCAUCUAUUUAAAAGUAUACAGACUUGAUCUCUGGAGGAAUUGAGUGUACAAUGCAGUACUGUUAACGUCAGCCAUUAUUUAACAUGUUGCAUUUGAAAUAACUAAUUCUAUCCCACGCCAUGCAUCUAAUAUAAAUCUAUCAUGGCCAUGAUCAUUUAGAUGCCAAGUUUUAAAACCUUGCUUCUGUUUUCUCAGCAACUACCUCUUGAAUAUCUAAAUUCCUGGUUUAUGUCAAUCUGCUAUGUACAGUAUUUCUAAUCAUCUACCAUUUUUAUCAUCUUUUCCUUUGGGAGGUCACAUGCAUUUUUGCUGAAGCAUCUGUAUUAUUUGCACUUCACUCACUCCCUCAAACACCAGAUUUAUCUCUGGAUGUUUGCCUGAGGCCCUUGGCAGGAGAGAUACUAUGGGUUAAACCAAACCAUCUUCCAUGUGAUAUUAGAUUCUAUUUACUGUUAAAUUAGUUUUUAAGUAGAGGUAAGGUGGAGCUUUUCAUUCUGAUUUUAAAGGGGUCUAUAUCCAAGAUGAAUUGAAAAACAAUUGAAUUCAGUCUUGGGUGAGUGCUACAGUCACAUGUUAUCAUUCAUUGGGCAAUUUAAUUGCUGGGCUAUGAUGAGGAAAAAACUCAAAGCAAGUAUAAAAUCCACAUCAAUUUAUGAGAAAGAAGGCUAAUAUUCCACAAGGUCAUUUUUAAACAAAAAAAUACCUGAUAGCCUUGUGCUUUGGCAAAGGAAUAGUUGUCGAUAUUUUAACAGAUUUUCUAUUAUUUGUACGCAUAUACCAGCAUAUAGUUCAGUACAGUUUAACGUCUACAGUUUUAGAGGAAAUCGCUUCUAUAAUUCAGAUAGACAGGUUAUUAUGAAAGAAUAUGCUGGGAGACUUCAUUCUAUAAAAUGUGAAUCUUAGUUAUUGUUCUAUAAAACAUCAAACAGUGAAGCCAUUUUUCUCUACCUCUGCCAUUGUGAUUAACUGUGCUGUAUUGGGUAGACAGAUUCCACAGAUAUUAAAGAUGUAGGAAUUGGAAUCACUCUGAACUAGAAUCUUGCUUGAGUGUAAUUGGUACUUAUAUGUCCGGUUGAGUGGUAUUAUUCAUUUCAGAAAUUACAAUUUAUAAUGUCUUUCAGUGGAUUUUAAAUUGAUCAUGUUAGUUUUGUUUGGAGUUUCUGAAGAUCAGCUGUAAACGAUCAGGGUACUGGAUAUGUAGUACAAUAUAUUUACCCUGCCAUAAAAUCCCACUAUGGUGGCUUGGUUCUUCUACAUGUCACUAACGGACAAGCUGAACAUUGACUCAAUGACAGCGUGUGGGGAUGGAAAGUUUGAAUCUUACACUUUCUAUUGCUUCUGACUAGACAGUUUCAAUUUUUCCCGAGUCUAUGUAAUCAGCAGGAUAGGAAUGGGCUCAGAACCGGAUUUUCAAAAAUUUUGCAGUAGGAUAAUGAUUAUACUACAGAAAAUUUAAUCUUCAAGAUUACCUGUUUUACAUACUGAGUUUUACUAGUAUGUUAAAAUUAAUCCUGAAAACAUUUGCUGAGUUGGUAAAUAUUAUGCUUGUUUGGCCUUCAGCAUCUGGCAACUUUGCAGAUUUUCCUUUGAUUGAGCCAAUCUUUCACUUUGGGGAGAGAGGAGGGUGUUUAUCCUCUCCAGUUGGUUAGAAUCAGUGAAUCUACAUUUUGUACCUUCAGUGACAACGAAAUGUCUGGUGGACAUUGUGAAAGAGCAAACAAAACAAUGGAAAAUGGAAAACUAAUAUGCAGAGUUGGGACUUUUAAAAAAAUAUAUCCUUGAGGAUUCUUUCAGCAUUUCUGCAUGAUUUUGGAAUUAUUAGAUAACUGAUAUAUUUUGCACUUCUGGAACCAUAACAAACACAUUUAAGGUAUACAAUGUUUAUUAUAGAAAAACUUUCCAAUGCUGGAAUUUACUCAUUUUGGUCCUUGUAACCUGAUUUUUUUUUACUGAAUUUCCUUUUUACUUAAUUAUAGACCUGUGGUUAUCAGAGUACAUUGUGUUGGUAAUUGGUCUGACUUUGUGGAGUUGCUGACAGACAAUUUGUUUCAAUUAGCUGGUGGACAGUUGAUGAGAACAGCAUUCAAAUUUCAAAAUAUUGCUGAUCAGUGACAAUGUUAAACCCUGUUACCAAUAUGAAGUUUAAUUUGUAUUCGUAUGAAGUGGCUGCAAGAUGGCAUAGAAAUAAUUUACUUACACAAAGUAAUCUCAGCUGCUUAAAUUUUAUAAAGGAGAAGGAAGUAUUUGGAGCGUAAAUAUCAAUGGAGGGAUUUAAUUGUUUUUAUCAAACCUGCACUCUAGGCUUGCGUGUCACACUUUGAUUAUUUAAUAAAAACAGAAACAUUACAUUUGCUAGAAUAUCCAUUAAUAUUUUGAUUUGAGAAUACUGACUGCAUUAGAGCUGUGAAGUUGUUGAGGCCCGAUUGUAUUUCAUAUUUUGGUGUAUUCCUAUGUCCAUUUCUUGUUUAUCAAUAACAUAAAUUGGUUCUGAAUCCUUCACUAACCAAUAUACCAGUAGCAUCUAUAAUCAAAAAUCUUUUGAAUUUUUCCAACUGACACCAGAACAGCAAAUAAUUUUCCUCAAGGAUACUAUAUGCAAAUUUUCACAAUGUAAAAAGUAUGGAUAUUGCAAUAUUGUCAUUAAAAAUUCGACAACUUCCAUUUUCCAACUAUGCAAACUUUUGUUUGAGGCCUUCUGACCAGGAUCCUUGCUUUCAAUGUAUCAAAAUAUUAUAAAGCAUCUGUUAUCCAGAGGAUUUUGUACAGUUUUUCUACAGAUAUAAUUUAAUGUAUAGUGCUUAAAUGUGCAAUUUGGCAGGGAGAAAGUUUCCAUUUGUAUUAAUUAGAGCUGUUAUAAUUUGAAACACUGUUACUGAGAAUUCUACUGUAGGGCAAGCACUGCCAACAAUAGCGAAAGUUAAGCUGCUGUAACUAAGAUAACUUCUGUAUUUUAAACUUAACUGACAUUUGUUUACAGAAGUUUUUGGCACCUGCGCCCCUCCUUUGCAAAGUCAUAGCAGAGAUUUUCUGCAGAACAAAAAAUUAAUCAAAAUGUUAAUGCACUCCUUCCUGUUGUAUGUUCACACAAGUGCCAAUCUGACCACGAGUCCAUGAAGAUUUGUGUUUUUGUCUUGAACAAAUGUAGUUACUUGAAUGUAAACUUUUCAUGGAUAUGUGGAAACAUGCUGCUCUUUAUAAUUAACAACCACAAAGCUAUUACUUGGGUCACAUGAAUAUUGGGGAGUACUGACGUUACGUGUACUUGUCCAUUGAGUCACGGGUUUGGAAUAUAAUUGAUUAUUAACCACUAACUAGAAAAUCCAACUCUGUAUGCCCAUGGCCAGAAUCUUAUUUGCUAGUUUGCAAACAAAUGUAGCAGAUUUAAAAUUUUGUUUUUUUUUGAACAUGCACCCUAAAAAUGCAUAACCAAAAGAAAUAUUUAUUUAUUUUGAUACAUAUUAUGACAAGAUUUUUUUACUUCAUCUUCUACAGAUGUUUGCAAAUUUAAUGUCCGUGUCCAAACUAAUAUUCUUCAAAACUUAAAUAAACCUGGUUUUCUUUUUCAUAUGAGUUCAUUCUGGGAGUGUGUGUCACCACCCAAAAUGCUUUUGACAGUGGAUGGACUUGACUGUAUGAAUAUGUGAAAUGACAGCACAGCGGAACAUUUACUACAUGUAACAAUGCACAUGAAGAAUACACACACACAUUACCAAGUUUUGUUCCUCUGUAAAUGUACAAUUAUAAAAUAAAUCUUGUUUCAAAUCUACAAUUUGUGUGUUGCCUACUACAGACUAUUAAACUUGUUAAUUCUUUGCAAGGUAUUGUUUGCAAAAUUCAACCAUUUGCUCAGAUUUUACCAAAGUGAAUGUAUCAUUUCAAUUUAUUGCACUUGAAAUAACAACGUUAGUAAAGAAAUUAACCUAAAG